AAAGUUUGAAAAAGAAAUAAAAUUUUUACUUAUGUCUAUUGAGUCUAGUAUAUACAUAGAGCGGUGUUGCUUUUCAGAUCCCAUAGUGACAAGACGUCCCAAAUAGUGCGCCAAACAAUUCGCCUCAGGCUCGUGCCAUACCCCUUAUCUUAUACCACCUACCCCAGCCCCCAAACCGACCACGCUAAACACUAUAUCAUGAAUCCAAUCAACUUAGUGCGUGAAUCAGAAACAUCAAGUGCCAUCGACGUUACUACACAAAUGGUUUUUGAAGAACCAUCCGUGAAACGCAAGAACAACAAGGACCACUACAGCCCACGACCCGGACAUUCCCGAUACUCAGACCUCUUCAACCAGCCAUGCAACGGUGCACCGAUCGUCAUCCACCUCAUCAGCAAGCCAAAAUCCUUCCUACUACUAGGCAUCACCGAAAAACUGGCCUUCAUGGACGCCCUAACAGACACCAUCGGUCAAGUCAAAGCGGACACAAAGUGGACACAUCAAGGAUACCUUAAUGUAUAUCCAACAUCAUCAUCGCAAAAAAGGAAACUCCUGGAACUUAAGUUACUGAAAGAAUUUGAAAUCAAAUGCAAUCUCGCCAUGUCCGAAGCCUCGCUCAGAGGAGUGAUCCGAAACGUCCCCACCCAAGAUUCAGAAGAAGACAUCUUAUGCCUACUGGCUGAUCAAGGAGUCACGAAGGUACAACGGUUCACAGCCCCAGCACCAGAUGGCAGUGGAACCCCACUGAAAACAGUCACGCUCUUCUUCAAAACCUCGCAACUUCCCAGAGAAGUCAUCAUGGCCCACGAAAUCUUCCCCGUCAAACAGUUCAUCCCAAGACCAGCACUGUGCCGUAAAUGCUGGACAUUUGGACACCUAGAAGAAACCUGCACAAACCCCCCCAUGUGCAAGCAAUGCUCACAAAUCCACCCACCAUCAGACCCCUGCAAAACCCCACCAAAAUGUCCUACAUGCGCCAAACCUGGACAUGCAGCUGGAACCCUUGAUUGCCCAAAGUACAGCAACAGACAACAAAUAAUCAAAUUCGCAUACGAAAACAGAAUCCCAAUUGCAGAAGCAAGCAAACUACUAAGCAACCCUGAACCAGCGAGACUACCCCAACUACCCAAAAUGUACUCCACCGCAAACCCCAAUCAAGAAAUGGAUGACCUAAAGAAGGAUGUCCCGAAACUGAGAUCACAAAUUGAAGCCAUCUCAGUACACCCCCCUCAAACUACCGCUAGACUCGAAACCCUGGAAACCACCGUCCAGGACAUUCAAGAGAAAAUAGCCCCCCUCGUAGAGCUGCCACAAACAAAAAAAAUAAAGAAGGACAUGGCCACAGGAUUCGAGUCAAAUCACGAACAACUAGCCACAAUCACAGCCCUACUGCAAGCCAACCGACCUCUAGCCAGACCCCCUUAUAUGUCAACCACCAACACCACUAAAAAGGCCCGAAAAUGACGAUACCACUUAAAAUCAUCCAAUGGAACGCCCGCAGUCUCUACAAAAGUAAAC